AUGGAAGACGACGACGAGUUCGGAGAUCUUUAUACAGACGUCCUUCGGCCUCUGACGGCGUCGCAUCCGCCUCACCCCGUCUCAACCCUACAGACCCGCCCGAUCGGUCAGGAUAUCGACAGCGAUGAUGAGGAAAUUCUCCAUGGCGCUGCCGAUUUGAAGAUUUCGGUGUCCGGUUCCCGUCUUGAUCCUGUUUUGAAAUCGAAUACCUCUGUUCAAGAAAAAAGCCUACCCAAACCGGAGGCCCGGCCUGAACUUGGAGGUUUCAAUUUGAAGUUUGAUUCCACUUCGAAGGCUGCCGAGGUUGCAGGCGGUGAUGGAUUGGGGUUGGAAGCGGGAAAGGAGCCUUCUGGGGGAUUUAAUUUCACCGAGGAUGAAGAUGAUCUCGACAUCGUGGUGGAGGAGAGAGAGAACAAAGAUGAUGACUUGGUUGAGAAAGACGUCAACUUUGUGGACAAACAGGAGAAGAUGCACAGCUCCACGGAACAAAGAGAAAAUGCAGGAACCUAUGCGGCCCGAGGCCCGGGUGGGGAAACUGCCCCCGACCAGAUGAUUCCGGGGUUAUUGGCAAAUUUCGAUAGCCACGUGGGCCCCAACUUCGGGGAUGAUUGGGAAAGUGAUGAGAGUGAUGAUGAUCUGCAGAUAGUAUUGAAUGACAGUCACCAUGGGCCAAUGGGGAUGGAGAGGAUGCCAGGAAUGAAUGAUGAAGAUGAUGAUGAGGAUGGCGACCAGUUGAUAAUAGUUGCGGAUAAUGGUGACAUGGUUCCCCACAACCAGCCGAUGCUUGAGGAGAGAGAAUUGGGGGUCGAGGAAGGCAGGCCCACAGCCGAUGGGGAGAGAAAGGAGUCAGGUGAUGCUGCUAAGGCAGGUGGCUCUCAGCCGAAGAUUGGGUACAGCAAUCACUUGUACCAUCACCACCCUUCCCAUUCACAGUUCAAGUAUGUGAGACCUGGUGCAGAACCAUUGCCAGGAGGAACUCAAGGCCAAGUUUGCCCACCUGUUACUGUGGGCCCCGGAGCUGGACGUGGUAGAGGUGAAUGGAGACCAAGAGGCCCUGUCCCCAUGCAAAAGGGGGUUCAUCCUGGUUAUGGGAUGCCUGGUUGGGGACAUAGUACAGCAGGACGUGGUUAUGGAAGUGGAUUGGAUUUCACUCUUCCAUCACACAAGACGAUUUUUGAAGUUGAUAUUGAUGGGUUCGAAGAAAAACCAUGGAGGCUUCCAGGAAUUGACAUGUCAGACUUUUUCAACUUUGGCUUGAAUGAAGAGGGUUGGAAAGAUUACUGCAAACAACUGGAACAACUUCGUCUUGAGACAACCAUGCAAAGCAAGAUCCGUGUCUAUGAAAGCGGGAGAAUGGAACAGGAUUAUGAUCCAGAUCUUCCCCCAGAGCUUGCAGCAGCAGCUGGUAACCAAGAAAUUCCAUCUGAGAAGGGGAAUGCUGGGACAGGAGAAGAUGGUCCAUCUGACUUAGCAAGAUCAAGUGCCCAUGCUCUGCCACCAGUUCCUGUUGGCCGGCCAAUACCUGUAGAAACUGGCUCCGGCGAUCGUCUCCCAUCAAUUGACACAAGGCGUCCUAGAAUGCAUGAUUCGGAUGCCAUUAUUGAGGUAGUCUGUCAGAGUUCCAAUGAUGAUGGUGACUUGGCAGAACAACAAGACAAUGAUGUGGUUGGAGGAAAUGAUGAUAUUGAUGUGCUUCAUGGGGAUGGUGCAGGGCAUAUUGAUCGUUCUUCACAGGCAUAUAAAGAUGGUCAGAAGAGAGAGAUUGUUGCAAGAAGGGAACAACUUGUAAGUCGUGACGAGAUUGGAAAAGAGGGUGAUCCUCAUGAGGAGAGAUACACAAGUGGAAAAGGGCAGGUGAGACAAUCGUCUGAGACUAACCCCAGUGAUGAUGAUGGAGAAAAACAGGUUACCGGUAAUCAGAAUGAGUCAUUUGAUAGUGAAACUGUCAGGCAAAACCCGUCUUUCUCAUCUGACGAUGGGGAGCCUGCCGUAGACAUUGAGGAUGCAAAUGGAGAUAUAGCGAUGGACGAUGAGAGAAGCCUCGACAUAGAGAGAGAAAAUGAUGAGAGAGAAAACUCCAAGUGCGAGGGUCGGGUUAGAUCCAGGCACGGUGAGGACAAUCGAAAGAUCCACGAGAGCGAAGUCCUUGAGGACCAGCACUGCCGACCCCGCCCGGGCAGCAGUUUUAAGAGGCGAGCUGAAGAGGAUGAGGAAAGAGAGGAUUCCCGGCGGCACGCAAGGGGUGAUAGCGUGGACCACUGGCGGAGAAGGGGCAUGGUCGAUGAUGGGCGGAAGAGGGACAGCGAGAGAGAUCACAGCAAACUAGGAAUUUGUUGUCGCGAGAGCAGCCUUCAAACAACUGGAUAUAACGGUUGGCACACACUUUGA